AUGGCAAAACUCGAGGGGCAUUUCAGCAAAUGCCUUCAAAGCCUUCAAACUACUAGUCCAAGUCUUUUACUUUUAGCUUCAUUGGAUGCUACAACAUCUCAAUUGAGCCAAAACCCGUCAACUAUUUUCGACAACCCGGUCCAUUUAGCAAUGGAGGCUAAACAUAAAAUCAAACUAAUCCCAGGUUACACCAUCUUGGAUUUCCCUAACAUCGACCCGUUACGAGUUACUGUCGGAGUAUUUGAUCUCGGGUUUUCGGGUUAUGAAGUUGAUGACUUCUUAUUUAUGGAUCAAAAGGUAGUCUCAGAGCUCCCUGGACCAAGGUUUAUAACAUUACCGUUUUGUCCAGGAACUUGUAAAGAACACGUAGAUAGGCUAAUAUUGGGGUUUAAGAAUUUUAUAUCGUCUCCAAAUUUUAACCUAGAAAGGUCCCACACUUUCUCACAUUCAAUAAAUAAACGAGUUGAUCUCGAACCGUGGAUUGAUAUUAAGAUGGAAUUAGCUCCACGAGAGGCUUUCUUUGCUAAGAAGAAAAAGGUGAGUAUUGAAGACGCCGUCGGGAAAAUAUGUGGGGAGUUGGUAUGUCCAUUUCCACCUGGUAUUCCGAUUACCACACCGGGUGAGGUGAUCUCGGAAAGAGUUAUACAGAUUUUAUUGCAAUGUAAAGAUGAGGGUGUUAAACUUGUUGGGGUUUCUGAUCCUCUUUUGUCUUCGAUACUUAUAUGUGAUGUUUAA